GAGAGAGAGGGGUAUUUUUAUUUUUGAGAAGCCCAACCACCGAAGAAACCCUCACAAGAAGAUCCACAUCGAUCGACCCUCGGCGAGAAGGAGAGGAAGGAAGGGAUUAUCACACCAUUACGAGAGAUUGAAAUCGGUCGUCAUCGAUACAGAUCCACUGAUAUUAGGGUUUUUCUUCAAAUUGCUCAAGAACCAGGAUUUCUGGUUUCAUCAUCAAAACCUAGAUAAAGAAGAAAGGAGUGACAAUCUGAGCAGCAAAGAUGAGGAUAAUGAUAAAGGGCGGUGUUUGGAAGAACACCGAGGACGAGAUCCUCAAGGCUGCUGUAAUGAAAUAUGGAAAGAAUCAGUGGGCUAGAAUCUCUUCGUUACUCGUUCGCAAAUCAGCUAAGCAGUGUAAAGCUCGGUGGUACGAGUGGCUCGAUCCUUCAAUCAAAAAGACUGAGUGGACCAGAGAAGAAGAUGAGAAGCUCCUUCAUCUUGCAAAACUUAUGCCAACUCAAUGGAGAACAAUCGCCCCCAUUGUGGGCCGUACUCCAUCACAAUGUCUAGAACGUUACGAGAAGCUUCUAGAUGCAGCAUGUGCAAAAGAUGAAAAUUAUGAACCAGGUGAUGACCCACGGAAGCUUCGACCCGGAGAGAUCGACCCAAACCCGGAGUCCAAACCCGCCCGGCCCGACCCGGUUGACAUGGACGAAGACGAAAAGGAAAUGCUUUCAGAAGCCCGGGCCCGUUUAGCCAACACCCGUGGAAAAAAGGCCAAAAGAAAAGCCCGUGAGAAACAGUUGGAAGAAGCUAGAAGACUCGCUUCAUUACAGAAAAGAAGAGAGUUAAAAGCAGCUGGAAUUGAUAAUAGACAUAGAAAGAGAAAGAGAAAGGGGAUUGAUUACAACGCAGAAAUCCCAUUUGAGAAAAGACCUCCACCUGGCUUCUAUGAUGUAGCUGAUGAAAGCUCAAUAGUUGAACAACCGAAAUUCCCAACUACAAUUGAGGAGUUAGAGGGCGAAAGGCGAGCUGAUAAAGAGGCUCGUUUGAGAAAACAAGAUAUUGCUAGAAAUAAAAUUGCCCAAAGACAAGAUGCUCCAUCUGCAAUUCUUCAAGCAAAUAAGAUGAAUGAUCCAGAAACUGUCAGAAAAAGACCCAAAAUGAAUCUCCCGACCCCACAAAUCCCUGACUAUGAACUCGAACACAUUGCAAAGUUCGGUCUUCCGGCUUUGACCGACGAGUUGUCGGAAGGAAGCGGCGCCACGCGGGCGCUUCUUGCUGACUACACCCAAACCCCACGUCAGACACCGCUAAGGACCCCGCAAAGAACGCCAGCUGGCAAGCAAGACGCGAUUAUGAUGGAGGCCGAGAAUCAGGCGAGGUUAAGACUGUCUCAAACACCGUUACUCGGAGGCGAAAAUCCCGAUUUGCAUCCUUCGGAUUUUUCCGGGGUGACUCCCAAGAAAAAGGAGAUUCAGACGCCGAAUCCCAUGUUGACACCUGGCGCGACACCUGGCGGUAUGGGCCUUACACCUAGAAUCGGAAUGACACCUGGACAAUCUUUUGGUGUCACUCCGAAAGGGACUCCGAUUCGGGAUGAAUUACAUAUAAAUGAAGAGAUGGAAAUGCAUGAUAAUGCUAAGAUCGUGAGAAGGAAUUUGAGGUCGGGUUUGACCGGUCUUCCACAGCCUAAAAAUGAGUAUCAGAUAGUGAUUCAGCCGAUUCCAGAAGAGAAUGAUGAAGAGCAGGAAGUGAAAAUGGAAGAAGAUAUGUCUGAUAGGAUUGCGCGUGAGAAGGCGGAGGAAGAUGCUCGCCAGCUGGCGUUACUUAAGAAAAGGUCGAAGGUCUUGCAGAGGGAGCUUCCUAGGCCGCCAGGUGGCGCGGUUGACUUGAUAAAGAAGUCUUUGAUAAGAGGCGAUGAAGAUAAGAGCUCUUUUGUUCCACCUACUUUGAUCGAGCAGGCUGAUGAGAUGAUAAGGAAGGAGCUUUUGGUGUUGCUGGAACAUGAUAAUGUCAAGUAUCCGAUUGAUGAAAAGAUUGAAAAAGAGAAAAAGAAAGGCAACAAACGUGCAGGUGGAAAGUCUGUUUCCAUUCCUGUCAUUGAAGAGUUUGAUGAAGAUGAACUCAAGGAGGCUGAUAAAAUGAUCAAAGAAGAGGCGAGUUUCUUGAAAGUAGCAAUGGGACAUGAGAAUGAGGACAUUGAUGAGUUUGUUGAAGCACACAAAACAUGCAUAAAUGACAUCAUGUUUUUUCCCACCCGAAAUUCUUAUGGUCUCUCUAGUGUUGCUGGAAACAUGGAGAAGCUUGCUGCAUUUCAAGAUGAAUUUGAAAAUGUGAAAAAGAGAAUGGAUGAUGAUACAAGAAAAGCACAACGCCUUGAACAGAAAAUAAAACUUCUCACAAAUGGAUACCAGAUGCGAGGUGGAAAGAUUUGGUCGCAAGUGGAGGCGACAUUUAAGCAGAUGGAUACAGCUGGCACGGAAUAUGAAUGCUUCCAAGCUUUAAAAAGGCAAGAACAGGUGGCGUCUGUGAACCGGAUUAAUAGCAUAUGGGAAGACGUGCAAAAGCAAAAGGAGUUGGAGAAAUCUUUACAGAAACGAUAUGGGGAUUUGAUUGUUGAGCAAGAAAGGAUUUAUCAUCUUAUGGAAAACUACAGAAAAGAAGAAGCAGCAAAACAAGAAAUUACAGAGACAAAAAUGGCGGAAGCUGAGGAGGUUCUUGUUGAAAUGACGAAACCGCCCUUGAAUAAUGAUGAUGAAUCUGCUAAUGAACCUAUGGAUGUUUCUGAACCACCCACGCCCACGGCCACUGUUGAAGUUGAUGUUGUAGCACCACCAGAAGACACUGAAAAGCAAGCUUCUGCUGUUGAUGUUGAAGUUGAAAAAAAUGAAACUAAUGAGCCUGAAAAUGCAAUGGUGGAUGAGAUUAUUGAGAGUUAAAAGAGGCUGAAUGCGGGAUUUGUAUUGGUUAAGUGACAGAUUUUAGGCAAUGUAAUGUACUAUUAUGGCCGCAAAGAUCUGGUUGGUUUGUACCUGAGAUUUUUGAUCCUGUAAAAUGCUAUGAUAUGCUAUAAUAGACAUAGACUGUUUGUUUGGGUUUAAA